AUAUGGAACUAGAAACGCCCGAAAGCAUCUCUAAUCGUAGUGAUAAGGAUGAAUAUUUAAAAAAACAUCAUCAAAAAUAUAAACGCAGAAUGUUUAAAAUCAUACCCUUAGAAAGACUACAUGCUAUCUACAGAGACAUCAAGAGUUAUCACGAAAAAAUUGCUGCUCCAGUAGGUCCUAUCUUGAUAGCCACAGGUUACCAGCAAGAAGGAGGAAUAGUUACAAUAGUUUUUCUUUAUACUGAAUUUAAUACCAAGAAUCUUCGUGACGGUUAUCAAGAACUAGCAGAAAUACUUAAAAAUAUUGAUACUGCUCUUUCAAAGGAACUAAAAAUUAAUAUUUUGAACGAAAAUAUAGAUAAGAUGCUCACAGAAAAAAAAGAGUUUGGGAGGGGAACACGAGUACUAAUGGAACUAGAAAUUCCGCCAAUCUCUAUAGGGUUUAAAGUUAAUAUACCCUCACAAUUAAUGGAAAAAGAAUGA